AUGUUUCAGAUCCUCACAACACUGUUGCUGGAAAUGCAGCUCUAUGCAGUUUCAGGUGAGAGAGAAAUUUUCACAGUUGACGUUCCUCAACACCUAUACGUUGUAGAGUAUGGGAGCAAUGUGACCAUGGAAUGCAGAUUCCCUUGGAACAGCUCGUUAGACCUAGGACUACUAUCUGUUGUUUGGGAGCAAAAAAAGCAGGACCAACUGACAUCCAAAGAGGUGUACACAUUCCGCAAUGGGAAGGCAUUCCCUUCAUCCCAACAUCAGGACUACACAGGAAGAGCUGCACUUCUGCUCAGUGAACUGAAACUGGGACGAGCUAUCCUUCAGAUUACCGGCGUGAAGAUCACAGAUGCAGGAUCAUACCUUUGCCUCAUUGGGUACCAGGGCGUGGACUACAAGUACAUUACUUUGGAAGUAAGAGCACCCUACAGGAAAAUAAACACUCAAGUAAUGAGGAAACCAGGUGAAAAUAAGUUUGUUUUUACAUGCCAGUCAGAAGGCUUUCCCCUGGCAGAAGUUUUCUGGCAAAAUGAGAAGAACUUGAGUCUCAGUGGAUUUGCAAAUACCACUUACACGCUGACUGCAGAUGGCCUCUACAACAUCACGAGCAUCGCGACAUUCAAACCAAAUAUGAGUGAGAACUACAACUGUGUGUUCUGGCAUAAAGAGCUGAAUAGGGAAACUUCAGCUCACAUUUCUGCUUCAGCUUUUAUGAGUACACAGUUCAGUGGACAAAAAUCCCUGGUCUUGUUCAUCGUUCCUACAUGUGUGGUGGUGGCUGUCCUUUCCUCUGCAUUAAUAAUCUUAAAAAAGAGAAAAUCAUACGAGAAUGGGCAAUCCAAAAAAGGUACAUUCUACACCAAAUAG